AUGCACAUAAUAUGUGAGGCUGACCCAGAACUUCGACAAAGAAAAGAUGCUGCAAGAAUUCCAAGUCAUAGCCCACAAAUGAAAAUGUAUGCCGUUAUGAAGUGUCUUUGUAAAGGUAUCCCAACCGAUAGCAUUGAUGAUUAUACCCGUGUGGCUGCUUCUACUAUUUACUAUUAUAUUAAGAAGUUUUGUGAUGCAAUUAUGUUUUGGUUUAAUGCGGAAUACAUGAGACGUCCAACUGUGAAUGAUGUGAAGUGGUUGAUGAAGGAAAACGCUGCUAGAGGCUUUCCAGGAAUGCUUGGUAUCCUGGACUGUAUGUAUUGGGGUUGGAGGGUGUGUCCACAAGACGAGGCGAGAUUGCACACAGGCCAAAAAAGUUAUCCCACCUGUGUUCUUGAGGCGGUUGCUUCAUACGGUAGGUGGUUUUGGCAUGGGUAUUUUGGAGUGGGUGGAUCCAGCAAUGAUCUUAAUGUUUUGAAGUCGUCUAAUUUGUUCGAUGACAAUCUCAAUGGUAUUGCACCACCUUGUCAUAUUAUUAUCAAUGGGAACCAGUACGCGCAGGGGUAUUAUUUAGUUGAUGGAAUUUAUAAGAGUUACUUUGUGUUAGUCCAAGCUUACGGUGCACCCAGUGGUAUUCCAAUUCUCGAGUUAUUUAACAAAUAUCAAAUGGCAAAGAGGAAAGAUGUGGAACGGGCAUUUGGGACACUGUAA